CACCUGCGCCACGCCCUGCGCCUGCAACGGCCACAGCGACUGCGCGGGACCCGCAGCGCGACACACCUGCCUCAGGUGUAUGAACAACACCCAGGGUCCCCAGUGCCAGCAGUGUCGGCCGCUGUUCGUUGGCUCCGCCCUGGGGGGCGGGUCCUGUCUCACCUGUCGCAGUUUCUGCCGGAACCGCGCCCAGGUGUGCCUGAGCCGCGCCCAACUGGAGCAACACCGAGGAGACCCCCGCAGGUACCCCCUGGAGCCACACCUGAUCCACACCUGGGUGUCGGAGGGUCCCAGCGAGGCCGAGGCCGUUUGCGUGAACUGCCAGAACAACAGCGUGGGGGACAGGUGUGACACCUGCCGGGCCGGGUUCUUCAUGCUGGACGGUACCUGCACCAGGUGUCAGUGUAACGGACACGCCGACACCUGUAACGAGCUGGACGGAACCGGCUGCCCCUGCCAGAACAACACCGAGAGCGGAGCCUGUCCCGACAGGAGAGACUGCUACAGGCACCAGUGUUCCCGUUGCCGUGACUCGUUCCAGGGCCACCCGGUUGGUGGCCAGCAGUGUUACCGCCUGCUGGCCGUGGAGCAGGAGUACUGCCUGGACCCCUCCUCACAAAGCCACUGCUUCCCCCCACCCCAGCGCCGGCCGCUGCCCCCCGGCCGCUCGGUGCCCUUCGCCGUCCAGCCCAAGUUCACCAACGUGGACAUCCGCGUCACGCUGGACGUCACCUUCGGCGUGGUGGACCUCUUCGUGGCCACCUCCUACGACACCUUCGCCGUGGAGGUGGAGCCGGGGACGGGGAGGCACCGGGUCAGGCUGCAGGCGCCGGGGGGAGCGGCGGGGACGGCGGGGGACGGUGGUGGCAUCUCGGGGGGGUUCGUGGAUAGCUUUGGGAAUGGUGGUGGCAUCUCGGGGGGGUUCGUGGAUAGCUUUGGGAAUGGUGGUGGCAUCUCAGGGGGGUUCGUGGAUAGCUUUGGGAAUGGUGGUGGCAUCUCGGGGGGGUUCGUGGAUAGCUUUGGGAAUGGUGGUGGCACCUCAGGAACCGGUGGUGGCAUCUCGGGGGGGUUCGUGGAUAGCUUUGGGAAUGGUGGUGGCAUCUCGGGGGGGUUCGUGGAUAGCUUUGGGAAUGGUGGUGGCACCUCAGGAACCGGUGGUGGCACCUCAGGAACUGGUGGUGGCAUCUCAGGAACCUUCGUGGAUAGCUUUGGGACAGGUGGUGGCACCUCAGGAACUGGUGGUGACAUCUCGGGGGGGUUGGUGGAUAGCUUUGGGACAGGAGCUGAGACCUUCAGGACCAGUGGUGGCACCUCGGGGACCAGUGGUGGCACCUCAGGAACCGGUGGUGGCAUCUCGGGGGGGUUUGUGGAUAGCUUUGGGAAUGGUGGUGGCACCUCAGGAACUGGUGGUGGCAUCUCGGGGGGGUUCGUGGAUAGCUUUGGGAUGGGUGGUGGCACCUCAGGAACCGGUGGUGGCAUCUCGGGGGGGUUCGUGGAUAGCUUUGGGACAGGUGGUGGCAGUUUGGGGACAGGUGGUGGCAUCACGGGGACCUUCGGGGACACCUCGGGGACCGGAGCUGAGACCUUCAGGACCAGUGGUGGCACCUCGGGGACCAGUGGUGGCACCUCGGGGACCUCUGGGGACACCUUGGGGACCUUUGGGGACACCUCAGGGACCGGUGGUGGCACCUCAGGGACCGGUGGUGGCAUCUCGGGGACCUUCAGGGACACCUUGGGGACCGGUGGUGGCACCUUGGGGACCUCAUGGGCCGGUGCCACCGGUCCCACUGGUCCCACUGGUUUUACUGGGGACCCCAGAGCUCCUGGAGCUGCUCCUGGUGGCCAAACUGGUCAAACUGGUGGCCAAGGAGGUCCCAGGGCUGAUUUCAGUGGCCAAACUGGUUUCAGUAGCCAAACUGGUCAAACUGGUGGCCCUGGAGGUCCCAGGGGUGAUUUCAGUGGCCAAACUGGUCACACUGGUCACACUGGUCAAGCUGAUGACCCCAGAAGUUUUGGAGGCCCCAGAGCCCAUUUCAGUAGCCAAACUGGUUUCAGUGGCCAAACUGGUCACACUGGCUUCAGUAGCCAAACUGGCCAAACUGGUGGCCCAGGAGGUCCCAGGGCUGAUUUCAGUGGCCAAACUGGUUUCAGUGGCCAAACUGGUCAAGGUGGUGACCCCAGAAGUUUUGGAGGCCCCAGAACCGGUUUCAGUGGCCAAACUGGUCACACUGGUUUCAGUAGCCAAACUGGUCACACUGGUGGCCCAGGAGGUCCCAGGGCUGAUUUCAGUGGCCAAACCAGUUUCAGUGGCCAAACUGGUCAUGCUGGUUUCAGUAGCCAAACUGGAGGUCCCAGGGCUGAUUUCAGUGGCCAAACCGGUUUCAGUGGCCAAACUGGUCAAGCUGGUUUCAGUAGCCAAACUGGCCAAACUGGUGGCCCUGGAGGUCCCAGGGCUGAUUUCAGUGGCCAAACUGGUCACACUGGUCAAGCUGAUGACCCCAGAAGUUUUGGAGGCCCCAGAGCCGAUUUCAGUGGCCAAACCGGUUUCAGUGGCCAAACUGGUCAAGGUGGUGACCCCAGAAGUUUUGGAGGCCCCAGAGCCGAUUUCAGUGGCCAAACCGCUUUCAGUGGCCAAACUGGUCAUACUGGUAGCCCCAACCCCUCCUCCCCUUCCCCACCGCGUCUUUUGGAGGAACGAGCCCAAGGCUUGGUCACCUACCUGACCGUUGGCCACCCCGUGCCGGCUUUGGUGGUCCGGGGCGUCCGCGACCGCUUGGUCCUCACCUACCCUCACAGUAGCCACCCUUUGAAGUCCACCAGGUUCUACCUGCUGGUCCUUGGUGGCCCGGAACCUUCUCAGGGGCUUCUUUUUUUCCGUCAGGACCAAGCCCACAUCGACCUCUUCGUCUUUUUCUCCGUCUUUUUUUCCUGUUUCUUCCUUUUUUUGGCUCUUUGCGUCCUGCUCUGGAAAGCCAAACAAGGCCUGGACGCUCGCCACGAGCGCCGGCGUCAUCGCCAGGAGAUGUCCAAGAUGGCGGCCAGGCCCUUCGCCAGGGUCACCGUGUGUUUUCAGCCCUGCCCCCACCUGGGCUACCAAGCCCGGCAGUUUGGCUACCACGAGAGCGGGCAUUGGGGGUGCGGCUAUCAAAAUAUGGGGGGUGGCUACCAAAGACCCCCCAAAUUCUCCUUCGGACCCUCAAAAUCUUCAUUUGGGCCACCAAAAUCCUCCUUUGGGCCACCAAAAUUCUCAUUUGGACGCCAAAAAUCUCCAUUCUGA